AACCGCGCCGGGAAAGUCAAACGAACAGCUGUGACAUGACGUAAUUGUAGCGCGAUUCAAAACAAAGUACCGUCAACCGUCCAAAGUGGUGAGCCUGUAACGAAGUGGUUCGAGUUGUGCGUGGUUCAGACGCGUCUUUUUAAUCGCAACUCUUGAUUCACUUUAUCUUUAGUUAAUUCAUUUUGCUUGUGUGAUUUUUCAAAGAUAGUGUGAUAGCGCCGUCUCAACAAGUGAAUCAUGGCCGGGACGAUAGGGGCUGUGACGUUGAUGUGCCUAACACAAUUCCUCCUCAUAGCUUGUGCGGGUGGACAAGACGAUGGGAGCGCUUGGGUGGCACCAGAUGCAUGGAGUCGUGCAACGAAAGAUAAUCCCCCAGCAGUCGUGAAGACACCCUCGCCCAGCAAAUCCACCAGUCACGGCCAAGCCGGUAAAGCUGAAAAGGACUUCGAACUCGCGAAGCUGUACUACGCGAAACUUCUGAGAUUUAUCUUUCUCCGCAAACGAAUGAGGCACGACCCGUUCACCGACUCGUAUAGCCGUCCGAUAAUUUUCCGCGUUUCUGCCAAGCAAUUGGAGGUGUUGGAGAAUUCGAACGAUCCACGAGAUUGGGACAAUAUCCUUUCGGAGAUAUUACCUAAUUCAGAGCUGCCAGAGCAGACAUUCAAAAAUGAGAUUAUCAAGGACAUCGUAACACUUUUGCGGGGCUUGCUGAUGGACGCCUUUGUGUCCACCGAGAUUCGCUUUGCAUUGCUCUUCCUUCUUUUUCUGCUGGCAAUUAUAUACUUGAAGAACCGAUAUAAAUAUGGAGUUAUAGCUAUUAUUUUGGUGGGGGCCUUUUCAUUAGGGCUCAUCAACGCAUACUACGAGUGUAAUAAGGAAUUGGAAAUCAGUCGCUUUGUGGAGGGCCUUUCGCAAGAGGAGGAUCCAUGCGCAAACAUUGAACAAUCAAGUUUUUCGUGGUUUAUUUUCCGGCAAACGAAUACCAAAGCACAAUGCGUUGAAUAUCUAAAGAAGAAGCACACUUUUCAACUGCCUUACUGCCGGCCAGACGUUGUGAUUCUUCAAUAUUUUAACGGCAUAUUUUUCGACCAAAUGUUUGUGUUUGCUGAAAAGUCAAGUGACAUUUUUCGCCUUUGUUUUGAUAAACUGAGCUUUCCUUAUAACUAUAUAGCGAUACUAGUUUUUGGAUUCUCGUUGCCACAAUUCGUGAAACUUAUUUUCAAAUAUAUUGUGGCGCCCUUAAUUUGGGCUCAGUGGAAUCACCCCAAGUCCAGUGGGAAGCAAACGACAACGGGAGAUCAACUGAGUGGCGAAAAUUUGAAACUCUUCCUAGAAGGCAUGAAACAUAAAGAACAAACGCAAUCAGAUUUAUCGAAAAUCACGCAUGUACUCAUCAAAAAAGCAGCAGAAGAUACGGGUCAGGACUUGCCGAAAAUUGAAGCACCACAAGAAACGAAAAACCAGACAUCAACUGCUGUGGAAAACUUACCUUCAACCGUUGAAGAAGUAUCUAGUUAAUUCUACUCCCAAAAGUGCUGGUCUUUCACACAAUCGUGAUUUGAUAUAUCAAGAUUUUAUAUUGUAUAUACGUACGCUAAGUUUUGCAUGAAGUGUUAACAUAUUAAUAAAGUACAAGAAUCUUAUAAA